AAAGGAGCUAAAAAAACUAUACCCAUGAGGAUGUCCACAACAAUUGGAGGUAGCCAGGAAAGACGCAGAAGGAAGCUGGGGGUGGGAUGUUCGGUGGAAUUGGCUGUGAAAGUCAUCAGGAAAGCAGAAUCUUGGCUCUGUCCUUGCAAGAGAAUGAAGCUGAAAACCACAGAGCAGAGGGUCCCUUUGUUUGGAAGUUUGUUUUGAACUUUGAGACUCCAGAAGGGAGAUAAACACGUCUCACUCGGAAACAGGCAAAUGCUCCUGGGUGUUGGAAAACCAGGUGGGAAAACCAUUGGGAGACAGAUUUUCCAUCUUCUUCAAGGGCGAAUGGGCUGCCCCCUUAUGCUUCUCUUCGGCUCCAAGAGCCCCCUUGGUCUCCUGACUUCCAGUCCCUGACGGGGGUGCUUUCUAGCUCUUGUCCCCAUUUUCUGACCCUCUCAUUGCUCUCCCUGACUAACCCAGCCUUAGUCUCCCCGGCUUUUCCUCCCAGUUGUCUUCCUCUCUAUCCCAUCCAGCUGCAUCCCAUUUUUCUUGCUUCUGCGUGAGCCUGUCCCGCGCCACCCCACUCCUGUGCCCCCCUGCCCAUUCAGGAAUACCCCCCGACUCACCUUCAUCUGGGCACAAAAUCCUUCUGGCCUAUGAGGUGUGGCAAUGGUGGGAAGAGGCGGUUGUGAUCCAAUGGUUUCUGCUUGCCAUCCCUAGACUAUUUGAAUAUCUCACCAAGAGUAAAGAAACUCCUUCCAAAGAUCCAACUGUAUCAAGUGAGUUUAUAGCCUCAUCUGAAGACAAGGAAAGAUGUUGCCUGCCACAGAACAUGAAUCCAGAUCUGACGCUCUCCUUCAGUGUGAAGAGCCGCUCCCAGCGGUGUGUAAAUGGCCUCCUGCAGGAAGCGGCCAGGAGGCGGCUCUGGGCGCUGGAGAAUGAGGACCAGGAGGUGCGUGCCCUCUUUCAGGACCUCUCAGCCAGGCUGGUGGGCAUCCAGUCCCAGAGGGCUCAAUUCCUCAUCACCUUCAAGACCAUGGAGGAAAUCUGGAAGUUUUCCACCUACCUGAACUUAGGCUAUGUGUCUGCAUGUCUGGAACAUCUCCUCUUUGACCAUAAGUACUGGCUCAGCUGCAGAUUGGUGGAGGAUACAGAGAUCCAAGUGUCAGUGGAUGAGAAACACCUAGAAACAAUAUACCUGGGCCUUCUGAUACAGGAAGGCCACUUCUUCUGCAGAGCCAUGUGCUCCGUGGCUCCUCCAGCUGAGAAGGAAGGAGAGUAUUUGACGCUGUGCAAGAAGGAGUUAAUCUCUGUGAAGAUCAUUGACAGCGAAUCCGAGUGGGAGGGCGUAUCCUUGGUGACUGGUCAGCGGGGUCUGGUGCCCCUGUCAGCUCUGGAACCUCUGCCCCUGCCUUUCCACCAAUGGUUUCUAAAAAAUUAUCCGGGAAGCUGUGGCCUUUCCAGGAAGAGGGAUUGGACAGGCUCCUAUCAGAUCGGCAGAGGAAAAUGUAAGGCCUGGAAGGAAUAUGAAAGGGAAGAAAAAGAUGAGCUGAAUUUUCACCGGGGAGAAAGCAUCGAGAUCAUCGGCUUUGUCAUACCCGGGCUUCAGUGGUUCAUCGGGAAGUCGACACGCUCAGGAGAAGUGGGCUUUGUUCCCACCAGGAACAUAGAUCCUGAGUCGUAUUCCCCGAUGAACAAGAGCUCUGCCUUUUUCAGUGACGAGGAAAGAUGCUCUCUUUGGGUCCUGGGAAGUGACAGGAAAGCUGAGUGUGCCAGCUUCCUCCACACGCUUGCUCAUACUGACAUAGCGUCUGUCUACCGGCUUAGUGGGUUUGAAUCCAUCCAGAAUCUUCCAAACGAUCUAAGUGCGUCCCAGCCAGAAGGCUUCAAGGAGGCCAGGCCUGGCAGAGCCUGGGAGGAGCAUCAGGCCGUGGGCUCCAGACAGUCCAGCAGCUCUGAGGACUCCAGCCUGGAGGAGGAGCUCCUCUCAGCUGCCUCGGACAGCUAUCACUUGCCUGAGCCCGAUGACCUCGAUGACCCGGAACUGCUCGUGGACCUAGACACUGGUCAGGAAGAGGAGGAGGCAGAGAACUUCGCCCCCAUGUUGGCUUUUCUGGAUCACGAGGGUUAUGCUGACCACUUCAAGAGCCUCUAUGAUUUCUCCUUCUCUUUCCUCACGUCUUCUUUCUACAGCUUCUCUGAGGAGGACGAACUUAUGGCCUACCUGGAGGCCUCAAGGAAGUGGGCCAAGCGGGGCCGCAGGACCUGGGCCCACGCCCGGCUCUGCUUCCUCCUCGGCCGGCUGAGUGUCAGGAAGGUCAAACUCUCUCAGGCCCGGGUCUACUUUGAGGAGGCUAUGUACAUCCUCAAUGGGACGUUUGAAGACCUAUCCCUGGUGGCUGCUCUGUACACCAAUUUGGCUGCCAUCUAUCUGAGGCAGAGGCUGAGGCAUAGAGGCUCGGCUCUGCUGGAAAAAGCAGGGGCCCUGUUGGCCUGCCUGCCUGACCGGGAGUCUAGUACCAAAAAUGAGCUCGAUGUGGUGGCCUACGUACUACGCCAGGGCAUUGUGACAGGCAGCUGUCCCUUGGAGGCCAGGGCCUGCUUCCUGGCCAUCCGAUUGCUCCUAAGCCUGGGCCGCCAUGAGGAGGUCCUGCCCUUCGCCGAGCGCCUGCAGCUCCUCUCUGGACACCCUCCUGACUUGGAGGCUACAGCAACCAUCUUGAGUUUUCUGUACGAUAAGAAAUAUCUCCCACACCUCACAGUGGCCUCUGUCCAGGAACGUGGCUCCCAGAGUGGCCAAGGGAUGUCCCUUCCAAUUUGGCAGGUCUACCUGGUUCUCCAGAACACCACCAAGCUCCUUGGAGUUCCCUCUUCAAGCUGGGGUGAAAUUUCUGCCCUGGCCUGCCCAGCACUCAGGCAGGCACUGGCUGCCUGUGAGGGGCAGGCCAGUUGGAGCACCCAGAGGGCCCUGUGCCUCAUCCUGUCCAAAGUGUACCUCCAACAUAGAUCUCCCGAUGGGGCCAUCCACUACCUGAGCCAGGCCUUGGUGCUAGGGCAGCUGCUGAGUGAGCAGGAAGCCUUCGAGUCUUCCCUCUGCCUGGCAUGGGCGUAUCUCUUAGCCAGCCAGGCAAAAAAGGCUUUGGACAUCCUUGAGCCACUCCUAUACUCCCAGAAGGAGACAGAGAGUAUCACCCAAAAGGGGGUGGUCCAUAACCUCCUGGGACUUGCCCUUCAAGGUGAAGGCCGGGUGAACAGGGCAGCCAAGAGCUAUCUCCGGGCCUUGAACAGAGCUCAGGAAAUGGGGAAUGUGCGUAACCAGGCGGUGACUUUGGCCAAUCUUGGCCACCUGACCCUUAAGUCCUGGGCUGAGCAGCCAGCCAAGGACUAUUUCCUGCAGGCCAUCCGACUCUAUUCUGAACUCCAGACCAGCAUGGAGACGGACAUGGAAUUAGUACAGGUCCUUCUCUGGUUGGCCCAAGUCCUGGUACAUGGACGCCAGCUGGCCAGUGGCCGCCUUUGUUAUGAAAUGGCAUUGCUGUUUGGCUUAAGGCAUCGACACCUAAAGAGUCAGCUUCAGGUCACCAAAUCCCUCUGCCAUUUCUACAGCUCUGUAUGCCCAAACCCCAAGGCCUGCAUCACCUACCACGAGCACUGGCUGACCCUGGCUCAGCAACUCAGGGACCGAGAGAUGGAGGGAAGGCUGCUGGAGUCCCUCGGGCAGCUCUAUCGGAACUUGAACACAGCCAGGUCUCUCAGGAAGUCUCUCACCUGUAUCAAGGAAAGCCUGCGUAUCUUCAUUGACCUUGGGGAGAAAGACAAGGCUGCUGAGGCCUGGCUUGGAGCUGGGCGACUCCACUACCUCAUGCAGGAGGACGAGCUGGUGGAGUUGUACCUGCAGGCAGCCAUCCAGAAGGCCUUGAAGUCUGAGGAGCCCUCUCUGGCUCUCAAACUCUAUGAAGAAGCAGGUGAUGUGUUCUUCAAUGGGACACGCCACAGACACUGUGCCGUGGAGUAUUACCGAGCUGGGGCCAUUCCUUUAGCGAGGAGGAUGAAGGCCAUGAGAACAGAGCUCCGGGUUUUCAACAAGCUGACAGAGCUGCAGAUCAGCCUAGAAGGCUAUGAGAAGGCUUUGGAGUUUGCCACCCUGGCAGCCAGACUCAGCACGGUCAUAGGAGAUCAGAAGCAGGAGCUGGUGGCCUUUCACCGUCUGGCUACAGUCUACUAUUCCCUGCACAUGUACGAGAUGGCUGAGGACUGCUACCUGAAGACUCUGUCCCUUUGUUCCCCCUGGCUGCAGAGCCCCAAGGAGGCCCUGUACUAUGUGAAGGUGUAUUAUCGCCUGGGGCAACUCACCUUUUACCAGCUGAAGGAUGCCCACGAUGCCACCGAGUACUUCCAGCUGGCCCUGGCAGCAGCGGUGCUGCUGGGUGACGAGGAGCUGCAGGACAGCAUCAGGAACAGGCUGGACCACAUCUGCCGGAGCCCCCUGUGGCACAGCAGCCCCUCCGGGCGCUCCUCAGAGAGGGCACGGUGGCUGAGCGGCGGGGGGCUGGCCCUCUGAGGACCGCUGGCCCAGAUCUGACCGGGGGCCCAUGGCCGGAGCUGUCUCCCUUCCCAGGGUCUUCCACCCUGACCUGGAGCGUCCUUCCAGGGGACGAGCACAGCUCAGAGGGACAGGGGCUCCUUCCAGGAGGGUCACAAAAUGAGUGGAUGAUAGAGCGGGGAUUGGAAGUCCUAGCUUUGUGUCUAGAGUGUUUCCAGUGGACUCUAGUCUGCAGGUACAUCCGCUGAAACGUACUUUGUCAACACGCAGUUCUAGAGAAACGGAGAAAGCUUGCCCCUGCGGGGAGCCUCUCUCCUGCCCACAGUGGGGAAAUCAGGCACUGCCCUGGAGAGUCUGGAAGCUAGACUUUGUUCCCCUCACUGACUUCUCUCAGGGAAAGCCCCCUCCCCUUGCCCCAGAGAAACUGGUAGUUUCUUGCUUCUCUUUCUUCAGCCACAGGAGGUGCUCUACCUCCUGCUCCUGGGGCUGGUGGCUGGGAACUCACCAUGCUCUCAGCUUAAAAGAUGGCCUUAGAAUGGCCAGGUCGGUGCAAAGGUCCUGGGGCAUCUCAUGCAGAUUCACCUCUCCAUCCUGCCUGAGGCUCUGAUCCUCCAUAACCUUCUGGAAAGUCCGGGAGGCUCCCCAAUGGCCAAGGCUGAAACACCGAACACUAAGAAAAUUACCACAUUACAUGUAAAUAGUGUAUAUUAUUAAAUAUUGCUCAUCUACA